AUGGAGGAGCACGGAGCCCCAGUACUGGCCAGGUUUGACAUUGAGGGGAUGUUGGGGGAGGGCACGUACGGCAAGGUCUACAAGGUGGUGGACAAAGAGUCGGGGCUGCCGUAUGCCUUGAAGAAGAUCCCGAUCCAAUACGACGAGGAGGGCGUGCCGAGCACCGCCAUCCGCGAGGUGUCGCUGGUCAGGGAGUGCAACCACCCGAACAUCAUAAGGCUGUACGAGGUCAUCUCGACGCCGUACGCCCUGCACCUCCUCUUCGAGUUCCUGGACAUGGACCUGCGGAUGUACCUGCGGAAGCACGGCGCCUACACCGACCCGCCCGCCCUGAGGGGCGCCGCGUACCAGUGCUCGUGCGCCAUCGAGUACAUCCACCUCCACCGCAUUAUACACCGCGACUUGAAGCCGCAAAACGUCUUGAUCGACAUAAAGUCGGGCCGCCUGAAGCUUGCGGAUUUCGGGCUCGCAAGAGCCUACAGCGUGCCGCUGCGGGUCUACACGCACGAGGUGGUGACGCUAUGGUACCGUGCCAUCGAGAUCCUGCUCGGGCAAACCAAGUACGCGACGCCCACGGACAUCUGGUCGCUGGGCUGCAUCGUCGCGGAGAUGGCCACUGCGAAGGCACUCUUCCCGGGCGACUCGCAGAUUGACACGAUCUUCAAGAUCUUCCGCGUCCUAGGGACUCCCACCGACGAGGUCUGGCCGGGCGUCUCCACCUUGCGCGAGUUCAAGCACACCUUCCCGCGCUGGCCGGCCACGCGGCUGGAGAGCACGCGCUCGGCCGGGCCAGCUCUUGGCGACACCGGCAUCGAGAUGCUCCAACUGUGUUUCGCGUACAACCCCGUCAACCGCCUAUCCGCUCAGCGGCUUAAGCUCCACGCCUUCUUCGAGGGGGUUGAACCAGAGGUCGACCGCUGCGCCAUCACUAGGAGGUGA